UUUUAACCUGUGAACCAAAGCAAAAAGGCCGAAUUUGUUUUGUAUGAUAAGUGAUAAGAUAAGAAGUCGGAAAAUGUUUAAAGUUUUGAUCCAAAAUAAAACCGCGAUGGGCAAUACGAGUUAAAUUAUAAUAUAUACCCAGAAUCCAGUUAAAAUGCAAUUACUUUCUUAUAAAUUUCUUAUUGUUUUGAUUUUAUUCAAUGGAGUUUCACUUUUAUCGGCAAGCAAUGGUGAUCGAUCGCCUUUUUAUCAGAAAUGUUUGAAGAACUGCGUGAGAUCCAAUUGUACUGAAGAUGGGAAGGAUUUCAAUCCUACGGAGGCUGAAAGGCCUGUAACCACCAACCUGCUGUCUACAUGGAACUGCUUGGAUGAAUGUCAAUAUGACUGUAUGUGGAGGGCAGUUGAUGCGUUCAAGAAUUUGGGAUAUGAUAUACCAAAGUUUUAUGGAAAGUGGCCAUUCAAAAGGAUAUUGGGUGUACAAGAGCCGGGAUCUGUGUUUGCAUCAUUCCUGAACCUGGCAGCGCAUGUCUACAUGUAUAAGGAGUUCAUGCAGCAAUUUCCUGUAACCGAGCAUGAUAAAAUUGGUCUCUUCUGGCAUUUCUUUGCUUUGGUGUGUGUGAACGGGUGGAGCUGGUCUAUAUUCUUCCACAUGAAGGACAGCCCCUUCUCGGAGUUCAUGGACUACGCGGGCGCGCUCUCUAUGGUGAUGAUCAUGUUUAUUGCAGCUGUCAUCAGGGUGUUUGAAAAUCACAGGAAACUGAAGAAUGCCAUUGUUUCGGUGUCAGCGGCGAUGCACGUGCUUCACGUGUACUACCUCUACUGCGCCGUCAUCGACUACGACUAUAACAUGAUGGUCAACUUGGUCUUUGGCGUGGCUGGCGGCGCGCUGUGGGCGGGCGAGGGCGCGGCGCGGUGUGCGCGGGGGCGGGGGCGCGGCGGGGGGCGGCUGCUGGCCUUCGUGCUGCUGUCGGCGGCCGCGCUCAGCCUCGAGCUGCUGGACUUCCCGCCCUACUACGACACGUGGGACGCGCACGCGCUCUGGCACCUCGCCACCGUGCCGCUGCCGCUGCUCUUCUGGAGGUAUGUGAUCGACGACCUGCAGUACACGCGGCGCGAGCAGGCCGCCAAGGCACAUCUCAAGAUGGCAUAAGAUCUCUCUUAAAUGUAACUUCUCUAGUCUCAUAUUAGAUGUUAGCUAAUUUUUGUAAUAUUAUACUCAUAAUAAAACGUAAUGUACGCGUA